AUGUUUCAACUUAAUCAAAGUCAUAUUAAGUACCACAAUCAAUUUGGGGCCACUUCUGCAGUGUAUUUCUCACAACAACAAACUUAGAGAGAAAAAGUAUAAAAUUGCGAAACAUCAUCUAGCCUAUAUAAACAAGGGACGGUUCUGAAUCUAAAUAGUUGCUUUAAUAUCCAGCUUCUCAAAUAGUUUACGGUCCAUCAAUGAAAUUCAAUUCGCCAGUGCAUAGCAACAUCGCCUUUCGCAAAACAUCAAAAGAGUUGAAUAUUACAAUAGAGGAUUCUACGAUGUGCUAAUAAUUACGCUAGCCAUCUCCAACUGUCAAAAAGCAAAGAGAACAGAUGGAAAAGGAUUGGAAUAAAUUGAUUGACAAAUCUAAGAGUCUCUAAGAAAAUUUAGUAUUGCUAAAAAAUAAUAUCAGUAUGAAUCUUAACAAAAAGUAAUCAGAUCAACGUUUAACCAAAGAAUCAACAUCUACAGCUGCUGGUUUAUCAUCAAGGAUGAAAUUGUAGAAAGUAAAUGUCUCCUGUAAAUUGAACUCUCCAUUCAAGGUUCAACCAAAAAUAGCAGCAUGUAAAAGUUUAAGCCAUAAUGCAUUUGGCAAUCUCAAAUUUACUGCAAGUGCUGGUAAAAACCCGACUGUUUUAAACACUGCAAGUGCUAUUAAUUAUGCCAAUAUGAACAACAAUUACGUUAAGAAAUUAUUGGAUGAGCAUCAAACUCAAAAAGUGACUAAGUAAAAUAUAAUGCCAAAAUAAACUAAUCCCCUUUACAUUUAAAUAGAAAAUAAGUUGAAAUUAAAAAUAGGUGCAUUCCUUGGAAGGGGAAAGUUUAGUGAUGUUCAUAUGGCUAUUGACAAUAGGACUGGACUUGUUUUUGCAUUAAAAAUUAUCAAAAAGUCAACUGUUAUUGAGCAUUAAAUGCAAGAAUAAUUAGCAAGAGAAAUAGUGAUAUAAUCCAAAUUAUCCCAUCCAAACAUAGUCAAAAUGUUUGGGCAAUGUUAUGAUCAAUAAUAUAUUUAUAUGAUGUUGGAGUUCUGCAAUAAUGGAGAAUUGUUUCAGCAUCAAUAUAAGUAGCCUAAUAAAAGACUCAGUGAAAAGGAGGCUAGCAAUUUAAUUAUGCAAAUUCUCUCUGCUAUUCAAUAUAUGCAUAAGUCAGGAUUUAUGCAUAGGGACUUAAAAACUGAAAACAUUUUAUUAUCUCUUGUAAGAAUUUACAAUAAUUUAGAACUACAUUAAACUAUNCCCUUUUUACAUUUUUAAUUAAAUAAAAUUUAUUUAAUUAAAAAAGCAUAAACAACGAUUAAUUAUUUUUGUGUUCUUAAGAUCAUUAUAUAUUAAAUUUGAGGAUGUUUCAACUUAAUCAAAGUCAUAUUAAGUACCACAAUCAAUUUGGGGCCACUUCUGCAGUGUAUUUCUCACAACAACAAACUUAGAGAGAAAAAGUAUAAAAUUGCGAAACAUCAUCUAGCCUAUAUAAACAAGGGACGGUUCUGAAUCUAAAUAGUUGCUUUAAUAUCCAGCUUCUCAAAUAGUUUACGGUCCAUCAAUGAAAUUCAAUUCGCCAGUGCAUAGCAACAUCGCCUUUCGCAAAACAUCAAAAGAGUUGAAUAUUACAAUAGAGGAUUCUACGAUGUGCUAAUAAUUACGCUAGCCAUCUCCAACUGUCAAAAAGCAAAGAGAACAGAUGGAAAAGGAUUGGAAUAAAUUGAUUGACAAAUCUAAGAGUCUCUAAGAAAAUUUAGUAUUGCUAAAAAAUAAUAUCAGUAUGAAUCUUAACAAAAAGUAAUCAGAUCAACGUUUAACCAAAGAAUCAACAUCUACAGCUGCUGGUUUAUCAUCAAGGAUGAAAUUGUAGAAAGUAAAUGUCUCCUGUAAAUUGAACUCUCCAUUCAAGGUUCAACCAAAAAUAGCAGCAUGUAAAAGUUUAAGCCAUAAUGCAUUUGGCAAUCUCAAAUUUACUGCAAGUGCUGGUAAAAACCCGACUGUUUUAAACACUGCAAGUGCUAUUAAUUAUGCCAAUAUGAACAACAAUUACGUUAAGAAAUUAUUGGAUGAGCAUCAAACUCAAAAAGUGACUAAGUAAAAUAUAAUGCCAAAAUAAACUAAUCCCCUUUACAUUUAAAUAGAAAAUAAGUUGAAAUUAAAAAUAGGUGCAUUCCUUGGAAGGGGAAAGUUUAGUGAUGUUCAUAUGGCUAUUGACAAUAGGACUGGACUUGUUUUUGCAUUAAAAAUUAUCAAAAAGUCAACUGUUAUUGAGCAUUAAAUGCAAGAAUAAUUAGCAAGAGAAAUAGUGAUAUAAUCCAAAUUAUCCCAUCCAAACAUAGUCAAAAUGUUUGGGCAAUGUUAUGAUCAAUAAUAUAUUUAUAUGAUGUUGGAGUUCUGCAAUAAUGGAGAAUUGUUUCAGCAUCAAUAUAAGUAGCCUAAUAAAAGACUCAGUGAAAAGGAGGCUAGCAAUUUAAUUAUGCAAAUUCUCUCUGCUAUUCAAUAUAUGCAUAAGUCAGGAUUUAUGCAUAGGGACUUAAAAACUGAAAACAUUUUAUUAUCUCUUGUAAGAAUUUACAAUAAUUUAGAACUACAUUAAACUAUGCGAUUUUGGUUGUGUCCGAGAAAUACCUAAAUUCGAAGACAGAAGGAAUACCUUCUGUGGCACUGUAGAUUAUAUUGCUCCAGAAGUGAUAAAGGAUGAAGGUUAUGAUGAAAGAUGUGAUGCUUGGCAAAUUGCUAUAUUGGCUUAUGAACUUGUGGCUGGAAAUACUCCAUUUUCAGAAUUUCCAAGAGAUGAUGAAGCCAUUAUGGAAAACAUUUUAAAGGUAUAUUGUUGUUUAGUUAUUAAUUUAGAAUAAAUUUGAUCUCCCUAAUUUCUUCUCAUCUGCUUUGAAGGAUUUUGUUAAGAGAGGAUUACAAUAAAGUCCAGAUCAGAGGAUAUCUAUUGAUUAAAUGUUGUUACAUAGGUGGAUUAUUGAUAACAACAAGGCUGUAGAUAGAGAAUAUGCAUUUUGA